UAUUCUGCAUUCAUUCUCAUUCUGUCCUGCCAUCCUAAUCCUACACCAUGUGUGGAAUUCUAGCUCUCUUUGGCGCUUCCGACGCCUCCCAUGCCAAGCGUGUUCGAGUCUUGGAACUCUCCCGCAGGCUGAGGCAUAGAGGCCCAGAUUGGAGUGGACUCUAUCAGAGUGGAAAUGCCUUUGUUGCUCACCAGAGAUUGGCCAUUAUAGACCCUGCAUCUGGUGAUCAACCUCUCUUCAAUGAAGAUAAAAAUAUAGUGGUGACUGUUAAUGGAGAGAUCUAUAAUCACGAAGAACUGAGGCGUGGGCUGAAAUCUCACAAGUUUCGAACUGGUAGUGACUGUGAGGUGAUUGCACAUCUAUAUGAGGAGCAUGGCGAGGAGUUCAUCAACAUGUUGGAUGGAAUGUUCUCCAUCGUUCUGCUCGACACCCGUGAUGGCAGCUUCCUUGCUGCUCGAGAUGCGAUCGGAAUUACUUCUCUGUAUAUCGGAUGGGGUCUUGAUGGAUCUGUCUGGUUUGCAUCAGAAAUGAAAGCUUUGAACGAUGACUGUGAACGUUUUGAGGCGUUUCCUCCCGGACAUAUAUACUCCAGCAAGCAAGGAGGUUUACGCAGAUGGUACAACCCACUAUGGUUCUCAGAAAAGAUACCAUCCACUCCAUAUGAUCCUUUGGUUCUAAGGCGAGCAUUUGAGAAUGCAGUCAUAAAAAGAUUGAUGACAGACGUUCCUUUCGGAGUACUUCUCUCGGGAGGGUUGGACUCCUCAUUAGUCGCUGCAGUUGCUGCUCGCCAUUUGGCGGGUACUAAUGCUGCCAAACUUUGGGGAGCACAAUUGCACUCUUUCUGUGUUGGAUUAGAGGGGUCGCCAGAUUUGGAGGCUGCAAGAGAGGUUGCAAAUUAUCUUGGUACCCUUCAUCAUGAAUUUCACUUUACAGUGCAGGAUGGCAUAGAUGCACUUGAAGAUGUUAUCUAUCAUGUAGAAACAUAUGAUGUGACAACUAUAAGAGCAAGCACACCCAUGUUCUUAAUGUCACGAAAGAUCAAGUCUGUGGGAGUGAAGAUGGUUCUUUCUGGCGAAGGUUCAGAUGAAAUAUUUGGAGGUUAUUUGUAUUUCCACAAGGCUCCCAACAAGCAGGAAUUCCACGAGGAAACCUGUCGCAAGAUAAAAGCUCUGCACAUGUAUGACUGCUUGAGGGCUAACAAAUCCACAUCUGCAUGGGGUUUGGAGGCUCGUGUACCAUUUCUAGAUAAGGAAUUUAUCAAUGUUGCAAUGGACAUUGCUCCCGACUGGAAAAUGGUGCACCCUGACGAAGGGAGGAUUGAAAAGUGGAUUUUGCGAAAGGCAUUUGAUGAUAAGGAAAAUCCAUAUCUCCCACAGCAUAUCCUCUACAGACAAAAGGAGCAAUUCAGUGAUGGGGUUGGUUACGGUUGGAUUGAUGGUCUGAAAGCACACGCGGCAGAGCAUGUUUCAGAUAUGAUGCUGGUGAACGCCAAGUAUGUGUUUCCCCAUAACACACCCUCCACCAAGGAAGCUUUCUACUACAGGAUGAUAUUUGAAAGAUUUUUCCCUCAGAAUGCGGCGAGGUUGACAGUGCCAGGGGGGCCAAGCGUGGCGUGUAGCACAGCGAAAGCGGUGGAGUGGGACGCGGCAUGGUCGAAUCAUGUUGACCCAUCAGGCAGAGCUGCUUUAGGAGUUCACGCCUCUGCCUACGCAGACACAGACAAAGAGAAAGUGCCCCGCACACAAUCGCAUUCAAACCUACCUGCUCGAACUGUGACGGCUGGUCUGGGGACUUCUUUGGAUAAAGCCCAGGGCCCUCUCAUUGGAGAUCCACUGCCUGCCAGGGGAGUUGCCAUUCAGGGCUAAAUCUUGUAAUUAUUAAACUAAUGUCUAUAAAGCUCUCUCUGCACAGCCCACAUCAUGGGAGUCAAGUGUAACAAGUGUAAAAGGAGCAGAUGGUUUCCUUUAGUAUAAAUGUUUGAAAACAAGUUCAGUCAUAUAUGUAUGUCAGUAAUGUAAUUAAGUUAUUUGAAUAUUAAAUGUUAAUUAUGUAUUUAUAGGUUUA